CCCAUUGCGACGUCAGUUUUUGAUUGCGUAUCACUCGAGAGCAACUUCUGUGAGAUAGUACCAUUUUUCCCAAAACCGCAAAUUCCGAUUAAUUACUACUAGCAGCCAUGGACUAUCGGUUCCGCUGGGUGCGGGACCACCUGUGCCGUUCCCUGGGAGUUUACGAACCACGCUACAUCGAAACGGUGCUGAACGAGUUCUACGACGAGCUGGUGGCUUUCUUCGACGAUGAAAUCUCGGACCAUCGGGACGAUCAGAAGAGGAUUUUCUUCGCCUAUCGGACUUUCUAUGAUAAGCUGGUGGAGGAAACCGUGGUGGCAAUGGAACCGGUUGCCACGCCGGCUGCAACGGAACCCGAUCCCGGACAGAAGGAAAAGAAAGGCAAGAAGACGAAGGCCGCGGCCAAAAAACCCAAAGAUGCAAAAGAGGAUGAACCACCGGAUGGCAAAACGGAUCAGGAUGCCGCUGGAGAUACCCUCGAGGCAACACGUUCUGGUCUGGCCGAGGAUGCGGAUGAUGCUGGAAAGAAGACCACCAAAACCAAAGCCAAGAAAGCGAAGAAAACAGAUGCUGACCAUGGCCCGGAGACUGCCCUAGGAGCCGGAGCUUCCGGCGAUAAUGAGCUCGUUGAAGUUACUAAAAUUGUUUCGACCUCCAUAAAGACGCCAAUCGUGCACGUUUGCUUCGGAUACAUACCGGAAGACAAGCUGGAUCCUGGCCUGCGCUACGUGUACGUUAUUCGGAGGUUCAGCUCACCGAUUGAAUAUUUUGCAAGCUACGAAGAAUGCUGCUCCGAGAUGCCUUACUACACCGUUAUGGGUUGUCUGCGCGGCGCCGUAGUCAACAACGCCAAGACCCUUCUGGAGCAAAUCUACAAACCGGCCGUGAAACAUCAAUUACGGGAACCGAAUGUUGAACGUGCCAAACCGGAGAAGCCCGAAGUCGACGAUGACGUAUCCCGGGCUGGCAGUCGGGCAAGUAUCGCCCUGAUCGACUACACAAAACCAUCGGACUUCCGAAUGAAAGCCAUUCAAGCUCGCAAUGCCGGUCAUCGAGCAAUGGGAGAAGAAUCCAACCUGGAACUCUGCAGUGGGCAAUCGCUCAGCGAAACCCCUAGCAGUGAAUCGAAUCUCAAGGCAUCGGAAACUACGCUGGAAAGUGAACCCACCAUCAAGGAGACACCAUCGGAGAAGUGGAAUAACUUGUUGGAGGUUGCCGAUGCGAAAAUCGAAGCACGGAAAGAGAAGCUAAGGAACGCUCCCGCUAAACAAGGCCCCAUAAAGACCAACCUUAAUCUGAACAUGGAUCAGUUCAUCGGCGUUAUGGACUGGACUAUUGAACAUGUUCAUUAUGACUUUGCCAUGCCAACGCAGUACAACGCUCCGGGGCAGGAAUCCAUCACCGUGGACGAAGAUAAGUUCAAAGUCAAAGUCGAUAUCAGUAAGACCGCUGUGGGCGAGCUUACCACCCUCCAGCAGGAGGAGAUUGUCGAAGGUUGGUCCAUCUACAUCCGAAAAGUGCUCCACGAAACGAUGCAACGGGAACCGGAAGAAAACACCCCAAUGGCCGAAUACAAUCUGUGGCUGGCACGUGAACUUGAGUACAACUCUAUUAUUGAGCAAUUAAAAUCACCAUUCGUUAUCCAGGUGUUUGAUGCCCUCAAAGAUAACGACAGCGCCAUAAUGACGGCCUGGCCAGUGCUGUUCAAAACCCUGAAGGAAACCUUGAGCCUGGCCCGGGACAACGUCGAACACUUGGCCAUGUUGCAGAGCUACCUACUGAAAAUCAAAAUCGAGGAAGACUUCAGCUUCAUCCUAUCCAUUAUCCCGAACGUAACGAUCAUACUGCGGCACAUUUGGACCAUGUCAAACUACUACAGCAAGGACCGGAACAUGCUGAACCUGCUCGGCCAGAUAUCCUACGUGUUUGCGGAGAAAGUUAAAAUACUAAUUAAUGUUGAUACCAUUUUCAAACACUCGGCCAGCUCCAUCUUUCGCACGGCAACCAACUGUGCCGAAAUGCUCCGCGCCUGGAAGCGAUCCUACAUGGAGACACGUGCCCUGAUCGAAAAAACUGGGAUCGGUUCUCGGUGGGAAUUCGACCGGAACGUACUGUUCAGGGACGUUGAUCACAUGACGCGUAUCAGCCAGGACAUGGCCAACGUCGCCAAGGUUUUCAUCGAGUUUGAAACCAUGUUCGACCACAAUUUGAAGACGAUGAUCAGCGCUCCGGAGGAGGUGGAUAACAUAUUGACAAAGGUUUAUAGGCUCAUCAAUCACAUCAUUUCGGUGGACUACGACAUCUUUGCGCCGAGCAACCUGGCCAAUUGGGAAGCCACCCUGGAGUACUUCUACAAGGGUGUCGAACAGGUGGAGCACGAGGCCCGAAUCGCACUGGACCAAUGCAUCGCAGCGCUCAGGUCGGCCAACUUGGGCCUCGAGUUGAUCAAGAACCUGGACCAGAUGGAGACCCGGCCGUCGCUGGCGAACCAUUUGUCAUCCAAGUACGAAAACAUUAUGAAACAAUUCCUCGCGGAAGUCGGCAUGGUUGAGCACGAGUUUAUGCGAAACAAAAGCAACCCACCCCUGCAGCGAAAUCAGCCGCGCCACGUCGGUUCGGUGUUCUGGGCCCGGUCCUUGCUUUCCUUCAUCCGGAAAUCCAUGACAGCUUUCAAAGAGUACGAAGGUUCCCCAAAAAGCAUUGCAGGGUCAAUCGAUGCGGCGCGGGACAGCAAAGCUCUGGUUCCCAUGGGUGGCGGAGGUGACAUGACCAGUGCCGAAGAGGAAGCCCUCCGGAAGCGAACAACCUUCCGGCAGUAUCUGAUGCUGGUCAAGAACAUCCGGGAUUAUGAGAAGGAAAACUUCCAGCAGUUUUUGGCUUACGCAACCCGGACGGUGAAUUCGGUGCUGAGACGAAACAUUCUGAAGCUGGAGUUUUGCGAGUCCAUCUUUGAACUGGAGGAGGAUAAGCGUUUUGCGCGGGCCAAGAAGGAGGCAAAUUCUCGACGUACAUCGGCGCUGAUGUCCGGAGGUGAGAAGAGCAAGUAUUCCAACAUAGUGACGGCUGUGCGCUGGAUCGUCAAUCGUCCCGAAUCGCAAAAUCCUGAACUGACGUUGGCGCAAAAAUUGGUACGAGCGUCGCGGAACACACCCUCGCAGGGAGCUUCGUCCUCGUCCGGGACGGCGAUGCUCACUCCGGCAGCGGAGUUCAAGAUCAAACAGGCACAGCUGAUGGUGUCAGCAGUUACCCAGAAGAAGCUACCGACUUGGCGCGAAGUGAUUGGGGAUUCGGUGCUCAUUGAAUACAAGCUAAAGUUCGCCGUAAAUUUCUCCUACGACGUUUUCGACGUCAUCAGCGAAGGUCAGCAGUUCGAGCAUCUGGGAUUCUCACUCAGCCCGGUCGUUAGGACGGCCAUUAUGCGAAAGGAGCAACUAUUUACCGACGUGGAGCACGUUACCAAAAUGGUGAACGAUUAUAACGAGCUGGUACUCGGCCUGGCAGCUCCGGAGAUCCAUUUCCUCCGAGGUCACCUGUACGAAGUCGAGACAAUUAUUCAAGCCGGAUUAGGCCGAUUCACGUGGCAGUCGUUCAACAUCCCCGCGUACUGCGAACGAUGUCAGCAGUUUAUGAAAAGUUUAUCGUCGAUGGUAUCCCAAAUUGGCCACAUCAGCAGCGAUAUAAAAUCACAAAUCGAUAAGCUGGAAUCAUUCGCCAUGUUCGAGAUGAAGGUGGCCCAGGCCAAGGAGAAGCGUUCGGCCACGGCGGAUAUCGUGCUGAAAACUCCGAGCCAGCCAAAAGAGCCACAGCCUCACCAUCACCAUCAUCACCAUCACCACCACCGCCAUUCGUCCCAUCACCAACAACACCAACAGCAGCAGCAAAUAGCUACAGCGCCAUCUGUCGGUGCAAGUCAAGCGGAAGACAACAGCGCCGGAGAACAACCGGAGAAACCACCGGCGAAGAAACCGAAGCGCGUCUCCAUCCGGGAGGGACCGCCGGACGACGGGGUACGGCCCUGCCCUGACUACUUUCAGGCCCUGGAGUUGGAGCGGAACGAGAAAACAACCAAACUGGCGAAACUUUACGACUCAAUAGGACCCAUACUGAUUAAAUUAGAAAGUUUGGUUCUCGGAACGUUCACGGGCGAGUGCCGGCAGAUGAAGUACUAUUACAAUUACUGGGAGAAGCAGGUCUUUGGCUGUUUCACCAGAUUCACCACCCGAAACCUGGAGAAGUUUAUGUUUGAUCUGCAGCAGGACCGCCCGCUGUUCGAGGUGGACGCCAUCCUGGAGGUUCCGGAGAUCCAGAUGAAGCCCACGGCAGCCGAAGUGUACGGUAUCGCGAUUCAGUCCGUUACGGACUUUUUGCAGAGGCUCAAGAGCUUUCGCCGGUGGAUGACCGAAACCUGUCUUCCGUGUCCGGACACCAAAUGCAACAAUGAAACGUUCAUCUUUACGUUCUUCGAAGACAUCGUGCAGAUUCCGAAAGUUUGCGAACUUGUUAUAAACUUGCAACAAACUAUCCAAAAUUUAGUGGCCGAUGUUCUGGUGUAUUUAAAAUGCUGGCAAAAGUACAAAAACCUCUGGAUGUACGAGAAGUUGAGCGUCUGCGAAAAGUUUCUCUCUCAGAACCUGCCGCUGGUCCGGCUGGACGAGAAGUUCAUCUUCUACACGCAGAUCGUGAACGACCUGGAGCGGCACCGGCCCUAUCACGACAUCAAAUCGAUACGGAUUAAUUUGCAGCCGUUAAUUAAAAGCAUUAUCGAUCAUGCCGUCGAGUGGCGCAACACCCUGGGUCAUAUCCUGUGCGAGCGGACCCGGGAGCAGAUGCUGGACCUGGCCGAGCAUAUGGAGACCUUGCGAAAAGAGCUGGACCGGAACGUGAAGGAGCUUCCACAUUUCAAAAGUGUCAUGCAAACGAUUAAUACCAUCCAGACGACAACGCUGACGGUGGAGCUGAGGAUCGACGAGAUGCAGGAAACCUACAACAUUCUCCAGGAGCACAGGAUUAAACUUCCCGUCAGCGACAUGGUGAUGGCGUACCACUUGGAGAAACGUUGGCGAAAAUUAUUCAAUUCAGCGCUCUACCGUGCAAACAUGCUGCAAUCAACGAAGACAAAGUUUGCCGAGAUGACACAGAAUGAGAUCAGUAUAUUCUGCCUUGAACUGAACAAGUUCGUCGAAAAAUACAAACGGGAAGGUCCCGGUACCGUGGGGCUGGACCUGGAUCGAGGAGCCGAGCUGAUGGGAACCUAUGGCGUUGAGUUUGAAUCGAUGGAAAAGCAACGAGUCGAAUUGGAAAACGCGGAAAAACUCUUCGACAUCCCAUUAACGGAUUACAAUGAGUUUUUGCAGUGCAAACAUGAGUACGAAGAAAUGGAAGUGGUUUACAACAUGUACCUGAAGCAAAAAACUGCCCGUGAAAAAUGGUCCAAAACACUUUGGGCCAACUUGAACCCCCAGGCUCUUUUGGACGGAAUCGAUGGUUUCAUGAAAGAUUAUCGCAAAAUUCCUCGAUCGAUCCGUCAAACGCCUAUCGGCCAAGCGCUGGAUACCAAGAUGAAGCAGUUCAAGUCGUCCAUCCCGCUGAUGUUGAGCCUCAAGGAUGAGGCCCUCCGCGAGCGCCACUGGAAGCUGCUAAUGGACAAAACCGGUCAACACUUUGACAUGUCGCCGGAGCUGUUCACGCUGGAGAACAUGUUCGCCAUGGAGCUGCACAAGUAUCAGGAUAUCGCCGAAGAAAUCAUAAACAAUGCAAUAAAGGAGCUGUCCAUCGAGCGGGGCGUCCAGGAAGUGGCGGAAAUAUGGAAGCAGACGUCGUUCAAUAUUUUGCCGUACGAAGGCCGCGGUGGAAGCGAUGGUGAAGCACCUGAAAGGUUCGUGCUUGGCGGCGUGGACGAAAUAAUGCAGAUACUGGAAGAGAACUCGAUGAAUCUCCAAUCGAUGGCGGCCUCACAAUUUAUUGGCCCCUUCCUGCCGACGGUGCAACAGUGGGAAAAGCACUUGACGCUGAUCUCCGAAAUCAUCGACGAGUGGCUGAGCGUCCAGCGGAAGUGGCUCUACCUGGAGGGAAUAUUUAUUGGCGGCGAUAUCAGUGCCCAAUUACCGGAAGAGGCGAAAAAAUUUAACAACAUCGAUGAGGAGUUUCAAGAGAUCAUGGCCAACAGUGCCGCAAAUCCGCUUGUGGUCGAUGUUUGUUUGGUGCCGGGUCGACUCGAUGACUUCCUGCGGCUCGGAGCGGAACUGGACGGGUGUCAAAAGUCGCUCAACGACUACCUGGAACACAAACGGAUGCUAUUUCCGAGGUUCUACUUUAUAUCGACGGAGGAGCUUCUAUCCAUCCUGGGAAGCAGCGAGCCCACGUGCGUACAGGAACACAUCAUUAAGAUGUUUGACAACAUAAAAUCUUUACGAUUCGCCAAAGAUCAUUCCGAUACGCCGAUUGUCACCGCCAUGAUAUCGGCCGAGGGCGAAGUUAUGGAAUUCCAGCAGCACGUUACGGUGCAGGAGCGCGUCGAAAGCUGGAUGACCGAUGUGCUGACCGAAAUGCGAGCCACCAAUCGCUUCAUCAGCAAGAAGGCCAUCUUCGACUACGGCAAGGAUCGGGAACGACCCAGACCGGAUUGGAUCAUGCUGUACCAGGGGAUGGUGUGCUUGGCUGCCAACCAGGUUUGGUGGACCGCCGAAGUGGAGGAGGUUUUUGCCAAGGUUAAAAAAGGUAACAAACGGGCCAUGAAGGAGUACUUGGAAGCACAGAAUCGACAACUUGAUGAUCUGGUUGUGAAAGUACGAGCCGAUCUGUCGCCGAAUGACCGACUGAAAUUUAAAACCAUUGCCACAAUCGACGUGCAUGCAAGAGACAUCAUCGAGGGAUUCGUUCGGGAUAGCAUUCUGGACGCCCAAGAGUUCGGAUGGGAGAGUCAGCUGAGAUUCUACUGGCUUCGAGAAAUGGACAACCUGUUUGUGGUUCAGUGCACAGGAAAAUUCGAUUACGGCUACGAGUACAUGGGCCUGAAUGGACGUCUUGUGAUUACGCCACUAACGGAUCGAAUCUACCUAACAAUAACCCAAGCUUUGACGAUGAAAUUGGGAGCUGCACCAGCUGGUCCUGCCGGUACAGGUAAAACGGAAACCACCAAGGAUUUGGCUAAAGCGAUGGCUCUGCUCUGCGUGGUGACCAACUGCGGCGAGGGAAUGGAUUUUCGCGCCGUCGGUACCGUGUUAUCAGGAUUGUCCCAAUGCGGUGCUUGGGGUUGCUUCGACGAGUUCAAUCGGAUCGACAUAUCAGUUCUUAGCGUAAUCUCAACUCAGCUACAAAUGAUCCGCACGGCUCUGGUUGCCAACCAGAAAACAUUCAUGUUCGAAGGCUACGAGAUCAACCUGGACCCCAAAGUGGGCAUAUUCAUCACCAUGAACCCCGGCUACGCCGGCCGAACCGAACUUCCCGAAUCGGUCAAAGCCCUGUUCCGACCGGUGACCUGCAUCAUGCCGGACCUGGAACUCAUCUGCCUCAUAUCGCUGUUCUCCGAUGGGUUCAUGAAGGCCAAAACCCUCGCCAAGAAGAUGACGGUCCUGUACAAACUGGCCCGGGAGCAGCUCUCCAAGCAGUACCACUACGAUUGGGGUCUUCGCUCGUUGAACGCCGUUCUGCGGAUGGCCGGCGUCAACAAACGCAAGUCGCCGGACAUUUCCGAAACUGCCACCCUGAUGCGGACGCUGUUCGAUAUGAACUUCCCGAAGUUUGUGUUCGAUGAUGUUCCGCUUUUUAUGGGAUUGAUGAAGGAUCUCUUCCCAGGGGUGGACUAUCCACGCGUCGGUUAUCCAGAAUUUACCGAAGAGGUAGAAAAGGUCCUCGUGGACGAUGGUUACAUCGUCAUGCAGAAACAGGUCGAGAAAGUUAUACAAUUAUACGAAACAAUGAUGACACGUCACUCAACCAUGAUUGUCGGUCCAACAAGUGGCGGAAAAACGGUUGUAAUAAAUACAUUGAUAAAAGCGCAAACCAAUAUGGGCCUACCGACGAAGUGCACCGUGCUGAACCCGAAGGCCUGCUCGGUGGUUGAACUGUACGGCUAUCUGGACCCGAACACCCGCGAUUGGAUUGACGGGCUCUUCUCCAACAUAUUUCGCGAGAUGAAUCGACCCACGGAACGCGAUGAGCGUCGCUACGUGUGCUUCGACGGAGAUGUCGACGCCCUCUGGAUUGAGAACAUGAACUCCGUAAUGGACGACAACAAGCUGCUCACUUUGGCCAACGGCGAGCGUAUCCGUCUCAAUAGCUACUGUGCCCUGUUGUUCGAAGUCGGUGAUCUAGCGUACGCUUCUCCAGCGACUGUUUCCCGUGCCGGUAUGGUUUAUCUGGAUCCGAAAAACCUCGGCUACCAGUGCUACUGGGACCGUUGGCUACGAGGUCGCUACGAGCAGGAACGGGAAAUGCUAGGGAAAAUGUUUGACAAGAUUGUUUCUAUAGCGAUUGAUUACAUUCUGGAGGGAGUUGAUGGUAACAACCAGGAGAAUCCGCUCACGUUGGUGAUUCCUCAGACGAACCUCAACAUGGUGACGCAGCUUUGUUACUUCUACGAUGCUAUGUUCCCUAAAUCAAGUGCCGUUUGUCCGUACGACGAGGACACCAUGGAGUGUGGCUUCAUCCAGUGUCUCUACGCAUCUUUAGGCGCUGCACUGCUCGAAGAAUCUAGACCACGGUUCGAUUCUUUCGUCAAACGUAACCUGGAGAUGAUCAACUAUGAAGACAGUCCAAGUGCUCCAGCUAAAGCCGGACAAUUGCCAUCACUGAAGCCAACACUUUACGAAUACUUCUUCGACAUGGAAAAAAAGCUGUGGCUUGCCUGGGAAUGGGUCGUCCCAAAAUACGCCCAUGAUCGAGAGAUACCGUUUAGUGAGAUCCUGGUUCCGACGGUAGACACACUUCAGACGGAGUGGAUCUUGAAAUCUAUGAAUGAUAUCCGUCAUCCAAUACUUCUGGUAGGUGAUACAGGAACAUCGAAAACGGCUGUGAUUUCUAGCUUCCUGCGGCAGCUAAAUCGGGAUACAUACAUCAUCCUGAACAUCAACUUCUCCUCGCGAACGUCCUCGAUGGACGUGCAAAAGACCAUCGAAGCUGCGGUGGACAAGCGCACCAAGGACAUCUUCGGACCACCGGUGGGCAAGAAGUUGGUGGCGUUUAUCGACGAUAUGAACAUGCCCCAGGUGGAUAGCUAUGGAACGCAGCAACCGAUCGCGCUACUCAAGUUGCUGUUCGAGCGGGAGGGCAUGUACGACCGGACGAAGGAUCUGAGCUGGAAGAAGUUCAAGGAUAUGUCAUUCAUCGCCGCCAUGGGCCGAGCCGGUGGCGGUCGCAACGAUGUCGAUCCACGCUUCAUUUCGAUGUUCUCCGUGUGCAAUAUCGUAUUCCCGAGCGAUGCCACCAUGCUGCACAUCUACAGUUCUAUCCUCCAAGGCCACUUGCAAACGUUCCCGGAAGAGCUGCAAGCCGUAGCGGAAACGAUCGUCCAAAUGACAUUGGAUUUGUUCAAAGUGUUGAUCGCCAAGUUGCCACCGACGCCUUCGAAGUUCCACUAUAUCUUCAACCUGAAGGACUUGUCCAGAAUAUUCGCCGGAAUGUUGCAGAUCCACCCGACCUACUUUAAAGAAGUGCGACAUCUGAUACGGGUGUGGCGCAACGAGUUCAAUCGGGUCAUCUGCGACCGGUUGAUCAAUGCUCAGGAUCAAGAACUGAUGGCUCGAGAGAUUGCGGAGGAAGUUGAUGCCAGCUUUCCGCCUCCGAAGCCGGUUGGUCGCAGCAAGACCAUACUGGCGGAGUCUGUUAAAGAUAUACGGAGCGAUUCGAAGCUGCAGGUCAGUGAGCUUCCGACGGCGGAAUACGCUUUGAAGGAUCCGUUGCUGUUUGGUGACUACCGGAAUGCGGUGAACAUGGCAGAGACGAGAUAUUAUGAGGAUUUGCUGGACUAUGAGGCGAUCUAUUUCCUGUUCCAAGAAAUUUUGUUAGAGUAUAACGAACAGAAGUCCAGGAUGAGUUUGGUGCUGUUUGAGGAUUGCUUGGAGCAUUUAACUCGAGUUCAUCGGGCGCUACGGAUGGAACGGGGUCAUGUGAUGCUUGUCGGUGUUGGAGGCUCAGGCAAACAAAGCAUUGCGAAGCUGGCAGCUUUUGCUGCAGAAUGCGAAGUUUUCCAAAUAGUGCUGAGCCGAGGGUACAACGAAAAUUCUUUCCGCGAGGAUCUGAAGCAACUUUUUACCAACGUCGGAGUAAAAGAUAAGAAAACUUGCUUUAUUUUUAAAGCUGCUCAGAUAGCGGAAGAAGGAUUUUUAGAGUUCAUAAAUAAUAUUUUAACCACUGGAAUGGUGCCAGCGCUGUUUACCGACGAGGAGAAAGAUACGAUAAUUGGCCAGUGCCGAGGAGCCGCCCAGCAACAAGGCUAUGCCGUGUCCAAGGACGGAGUUUGGUCGUUCUUCCUCGCCAGGGCGGUAAGGAAUCUACAUGUCGUCCUGUGUAUGUCCCCGGAGGGAGAUGCACUGCGGAACCGAUGCCGCAAUUUUCCCGGACUGGUCGGAAGCACCACUAUCGAUUGGGUCUUCCCGUGGCCUGAACAGGCGCUGCAUGCCGUAGCGAAGGUAUUCCUAGCGGAUCAUGCCAAGAUUCCGGAAAUUCACCGAGAGCCCAUUAUCUCGCACAUCGUUCAUGUUCAUCAAUCACUCAAACAUUACACGCAGCAAUUUCUACUGAAGUUACGCCGGAAGAAUUUCGUUACACCGAAGCACUAUCUGGAUUUCAUCAACACAUACCUCAAGCUAAUUGAGGAGAAAGAUAAUUUCAUCACGCAACAGUGCUCCCGAUUAUCGGAUGGAAUCGAGAAAAUUAAUGAAGCCUCACUUCAGAUCGAUCAGUUGAGCAUCGUCGUCGAGGAGCAGCGGAAAAACGUCGUCGAGGCGGCCAAACGUUGCGAACAAAUGCUCGUCGGAAUAGAAACAUCUACCGAGAAGGCCAAUGCCAAAAAGGCUGAGGCUUCGGAGAAAUCCAUCGAGGUGGAACAGCAGAAAAAGAUUAUUACCGUCGAAAAGGCGGAAGCCGAGGAAGCCUUGGCGGCGGCCCUCCCUGCUCUGGAAAUAGCCCGACUAGCCCUGUCCGAUUUGGACAAGUCGGACAUCACAGAGAUUCGAAGCUUUGCCACACCACCGGAAGCUGUCCAGGUCGUGUGCGAAUGUGUGGCCAUCAUCAAGGGGUUCAAGGAAAUUUCCUGGAAAACGGCCAAGGGUAUGAUGUCCGAGGGUAACUUUUUACAGAGUUUGCAGAGGCUAGACUGCGACCAAAUUACUCAGAAACAGGUUGCCAAUGUCCGAGCACACAUGAAGAAAUCCCAAAAGCUCGAUGACAUGAAAACCAUCUCUAAGGCUGGCUACGGUCUGCUGAAGUUCGUUCGCGCCGUGCUCGGCUAUUGUGACGUAUUUCGAGAAGUGAAACCUAAAAAAGAUCGGGUAGCGUUCCUGGAGUCGGAACUUGCCAGUCAAAUCAAACUCCUGAACAAAUUGACCAACGAGAUCAACAAACUAGAGUCCGAAUUGGAUGCACUGAACAAUCAAUAUGCGACAGCAAUCAAGGAGAAGCAGAUGCUGCAGGAAAUGAUGGAACAAGCCGAGCGGCGGUUGAUUGCAGCGGGUAAGUUGAUCUCUGGACUCAGUUCUGAGCGCGACCGCUGGAAGAUCGAUUUGGCCAACCUUCAAGAAGACAAAACCAAAGUGGUCGGAACUUGCCUUCUAUCUGCGUCCUUCCUAGCCUACACGGGUCCGUUUUCGUGGGACUUCCGAACCUCGAUUGUAUUCGAAGACUGGCUUCCAGACGUUGAAGAACGAGAGAUUCCUUACGGCAAACCGUUCAACAUUCUCACUAGUUUGAGUAGCGACUUGGAAAUGACCACCUGGGCAUCCGAGGGCCUGCCACCGGAUGAACUCUCAGUUCAGAAUGGCAUUCUGACCACGAGAGCUUCCAGAUUUCCUCUUUGCAUCGAUCCACAACAGCAAGCGCUUAUGUGGAUCAUCAAACGCGAAUCUUCAAACAACCUCAAGAUCCUGUCAUUCAAUGAUAAAGAUUUCCUCAAACAUUUGGAAAUGUCUAUCAAAUACGGUAAUCCGGUUCUUUUUCAAGACGUUGACGAUUACAUAGAUCCGGUGAUAGACAAUAUUCUGGAGAAAAACAUAAAAAUUCAAGCCGGGCGACAGUUUGUCAUUCUCGGCGAUAAGGAGGUCGACGUGGACAACAACUUUCGAAUGUACCUUACAACUAAGCUUGCCAAUCCCAAUUUUGACCCCGCCGUUUACGCCAAAGCCCUCAUCAUCAACUACACUGUUACAAAGAGCGGUUUGGAAGACCAACUCCUCAGCGUAGUGGUCCGUGCUGAACGACCGGACCUUGAGGAACGCCGUGAAAGCCUGAUUGAGGAAACCAGCGCCAACAAGGUGCUGCUGAAAAACUUAGAAGAUUCACUCCUGCGCGAGCUCGCAACGUCUACGGGCAACAUGCUGGACAAUGUCGAACUAGUGAACACCCUAGAAAACACCAAAGAAAAGGCGGCAGAUGUAUCCGAGAAGAUCAAGCUUGCCGAGGAGACAUCGGUGGACAUUGAGCAUCUGCGAAACGGAUACCGUCUUGCAGCUCAACGCGGUGCGAUUCUGUAUUUUGUACUUUCGGAAAUGUCAGUCGUCAAUCCGAUGUACCAGUACUCGCUCAGUUCGUAUUUGAAAGUGUUUAUCUAUUCGCUGCGGAAGGCUGUCCCGGAUAACAUGCUGGCCAAAAGAUUGAACAACAUCAUCCAAACGCUUACCCGGAAGGUGUACGAAUACGGCUGCAUAGGGUUCUUCGAGCGGCACAAGCUGCUGUUUUCGUUCCAAAUGACGGUCAAACUGGAACAAAGUAAGGGGCACUUGAGCCAAGCGGAGGUAGAUUUCUUCAUCAAGGGAAACAUUGCGCUGGAAAAGUCGGACCGGAUUUGUCCGGCCAAAUGGAUCAGCGAGAAGGGUUGGCAGGACGUGCUACUUUUGGCGGAAUUAUUUCCGGAAAAAUUCGGACAGUUGCCGGGCCAUGUGGAACGGAACAUUGCCGAGUGGACAAGCUGGUACGAUCUGGAUGAUACAGAAGGUAUAGAUUACCCAGGGAACAUCGCGGAGAACAUGAAUGUCUACGACCACCUGAUGGUAAUGCGAUGCUUCCGCAUGGAUCGUGUAUAUCGUUUGCUCAACAAUUACGUUUCGACAAUCAUGGGCGAAGAGUUCAUCACGCCUCCAAUGUUAAGUUUUGAUUCUAUUUUCGAGCAAUCCUCCGCGGUAACUCCAGUGGUCUUCAUUCUGAGCCCAGGAUCCGAUCCAACCAACGAUCUCAUGAAGCUAGCGGACCGCUGUGGCUUCGGAGGCUCUAAAUUUAAGCACAUUUCCUUAGGUCAAGGUCAGGAGCAGCGAGCUCUAUCUCUGCUGCAGCUCGCCCUGGAGCAAGGCCUCUGGUUGAUGCUGCAAAACGGGCACCUGCUGCUGAGUUUCAUCCGCACGUUGGAAAAGCUGCUCGACUCGGUAAAGAAGCCUCAUCCGGAUUUCCGUUUGUGGAUAACGACCGAACCCACCGAUUCCUUCCCCAUCGGCGUACUGCAAAAGUCACUGAAAGUCGUAACCGAGCCCCCGAAUGGACUGAAAAUGAAUCUCCGGGCAACCUUCUUCAAACUUCGCCAGCAAACACUUGACGCGUGCACUCAUCCGGCGUUCAAGCCAUUAGCAUACGUUUUAGCGUUCUUCCACGCCGUUUUACAGGAACGAAGAAAAUAUGGCAAACUAGGCUGGAACAUAAGCUACGAUUUUAAUGAGUCCGACUUCAGCGUCUGUCUGCAGAUAAUGGAUACCUACCUAACGAAGGCACUCAGCCUCAACGAGACUCGCUUGCCGUGGAACAGCCUCAAGUAUCUGAUUGGAGAGGUCAUGUACGGUGGUCGCGUAAUCGAUGACUUUGAUCGACGAGUCGUCAAAAUCUACAUGGACGAGUACAUGGGUGAUUUCCUGUUCGACACGUUCCAACCGUUCCACUUCUACCAAGACGAAUCGGUUGAUUACAAAAUUUUCGAAGCCGAAACCCGAGAUGAGUUUAUAGCAUCCAUCGAAAAGCUCCCUCUGACCAACACACCGGAAGUGUUUGGGCUGCACUCGAACGCCGAGAUUGGCUACUACACGAUUGCGGUCCGGGAAGCGUGGACCUAUCUGAUCGAUUUGCAACCUCAAACCAUUAAAAUUUGCACUAAGGAACAAAUUAAGGAAUUUAUUAAUGGUGCCGUGAGCGGUGGCGUCAGCCGGGACGACUUCAUCGACAAGGUUGCCGUGGACAUACUGAAAAAGCUGCCAAAACCGUUCGAAAUCUGGCGCGUCAAGAAGCAGUACCAGAUCAAUAUCACUCCGGUGUGCGUGGUGUUGCUGCAGGAGCUGGAGCGCUUCAACCGGUUGCUGAACCGUAUGGAGUGGACGCUGCAGCAGCUUCGCAAGGCACUCGCCGGAGAAAUCGGCAUGGAUGCCGUCCUGGAUGGGAUAGCCAAUGCGUUGUUCAACGGGCAACUGCCGGACGAUUGGCGUAAUUUGGCUCCGGCCACCUGCAAGCAGCUUGGCGACUGGAUCGAACAUUUGCUGAGGAGGAACAAGCAGUAUAAAUAUUGGUCAGUAUCUGGUGAGCCACUGGUGAUGUGGUUGUCGGGACUUCACAUACCGGAAAGUUAUUUAACCGCAUUAGUUCAGGUCGCCUGCCGCAAAAACAACUGGCCCCUGGACCGUUCCACCCUGUACACCGCGGUAACCCAGUAUCUCAAGCAGGACGAGAUUGAAGAACGGCCCGAAGCGGGCUGCUACGUGACCGGGCUCUAUCUGGAGGGAGCCCGCUGGGAUCCGGCCAAUCGUUGUCUGGCACGUUCGACUCCGAAGGUGCUGGUGGAACCGUUGCCGGUGCUGUCCGUCGUGCCGAUCGAGGUGCACCGUCUCAAGCUGCAAAAUACCUUCCGGACACCGGUCUACACUACCUCGGAAAGGCGGAACGCGAUGGGGGUUGGUCUUGUUUUCGAAGCAGAUCUGUUCACCGAGGAGCAUUCCAGCCACUGGGUCUUGCAGGGUGUUUGCUUGAUCAUGAAUACCGACUGAACGACCGACGAGUGAUCUAUUUAUGGAUAUUGAUAAGCGUUGUUGUACUUUAAAAAAAAAAACCGUUUAUUUUGUUGGAAUAAAAUGAUUGAAAAUA